AAUGUUACAUUGAAGUUUUUCAGAGGGAGUGCCACGAUGCUGGUGAAGGGCUCUUGAUCCAAGGAAUUGGUGAAAUUCCCCCCUGUGUACUUUCCUGUGUUCUAGUUAUUGGAUGAAUUAAUACGCUACACAAUGUUGGGACUUUAUUGACAGAUGUAUCCAAGUACAAUAUAAUUGGUAGCUGUGUCAGAGACACAGCCAAAAGUGGGAUAAGUGGUAGUUACAAGUAACAGAACAGAAGAGAUAGGGUCAGCAUCAAAAAAUCAGAGCAAAGCAGGGUCAGAUGGCCCAGCUGCCUAAAUGCUAUUCUUGGUGGGAAUAUCUGUUUUUAGGUGCACAGGCAAGAAAUACAAUGACAGCUUUACACUGAUAAAUCCUGAUUAUCUCCCAUAACCUUUUCAUAGAACAUUUAUAGAGAACUUUCAUGCCUUAAUUCCUCCCCCAAGAACAUUAUUAGAGAACCUUGUGGCUUUAGUAAGGUCACCUUAUAUGGUGGGGAAGAUUCCAUGGAUUGUAUUUGGAUAAAAACUGUGUCUCAAGCACGUUUCAUGGACAAAGAUCCCACCAAUGAUUUUUCUGUAAUGAGGAUAUUUCAAUUGUCAGAAUUUCAGUACUGUUUGAUCUUGAUAGGCUUCAUGUUUUCUCUUGAAUAUCCAUGCAUUAACCCCUCUUCUGGAGCCCUUUUUUUUUUUAGGAACCAUUUAUGGUUAAAUUCCUCUGUAGUAAGGUGAGAUUUGUUUGUAUUUUUAACCUGGUGGGUUAACUACUCAAGAUAACCCAAUAAAGUCAGUGCGUCAUCAAGAACUGUCGGUCUUGUUUCCAUUGUUUUUUUUUUAAUCUUAUCCCCCAAGAUGCAACCCAUAACAGUCGACUAACACCCAAGUACAUACCUAUUUACUGCUAGGAGAACUAGGACAGCAGGUGUAAGGAAACAUGCCCAACAUUUCCACCUGUGCCAGGCAUCAAACCAGGGAAACUUUGUAUGUGAACUGAGUGUACUGUCAAUGGUGCCAUGGGACCAGUAAUGUUUGCUGAAAGAUGGAAACUUAAUUAUUGGAGUAUAUGCUUGCUUUAAGCAUGGAUCAUGUGUUUCAUAAUUGUCAGUAGACUUUCCAGCAUUACAAAAAAUCUUCUAAGUGAAUAAACUCGGUGCUAAAGCUGAGUGUUGUUCUUCAUGUGUCGGAUUACCAAAAGAUGAAAAUUACGAAAAUGAAUUGUUGGGAAACUCACUAUAGAAACAGUGUUGGAAUUCUGGAGUGACUAAAUAAAAUUUUGUGACACCACCACCACAGUACUUCAUCAGUGUUUUUGAGUUUGUGUAAAUUUAUUGAUAAAGGUAGUGUUGGCAUCAGUACCCCAAGCCAUGGGAUCACUGUGGCAGGAUAAAGGAACUGUCACCUUCGAGGAAAAAUGGCCGGCGAUGCGACCGACCGUAUUAAAGCUGUUAAGGCAGGAAUGUGUGAGCCGUGCAGAGUGGCAAGACCUCUUUUGGGCAGUUCACAAGGUUUGCCUUUGGGAUGAGAAGGGCCCACCAAAGGUUCAGAAGGCAUUACAAGAUGAUAUACUAGACUUCAUCACGCAUGCUCAGGCUCGUGUUCUGGAUCAGCAUGAGGACCAAGCACUCCUGAAGGCAUAUAUCAGUGAGUGGCGGAAGUUCUUCCAACAAUGCAAUUAUCUUCCGCUGCCUUUCAACCAGCUUGAGUCUGCCUUGGCAGGCAAGACUACUACCUCAGUCUCCAAGAAAGUCCAAAAUGAUGAUUCAAUAGUUAGAAAGUUAAUGUUGGACAGCUGGAAUGCAAGCAUUUUCAGCAACAUAAAGCAGAGGUUACAAGACUCAGCUAUGAAACUGGUUCAUGCUGAAAGAAAUGGAGAGGCAUUUGACUCCCAGUUAGUCAUUGGUGUCAGAGAAUCCUAUGUUAAUCUGUGUUCCAAUUCUGGUGAUAAAUUACAAAUUUAUAGAGAAAAUUUUGAAAAGGCAUAUAUAGAAGCAACUAAAGCAUUUUACCGUGUCAAAGCACCUCAGUACCUAGAGGCCAAUGGUGUACAAAAUUACAUGAAAUACGCAGAACUCAAAUUGAGAGAAGAGGAGCAGCGUGGAGAAAAAUAUUUAGAGUCAUUUAGUGGGUCAUUACAGAAUUUAAAUGAAUGCUGUGUUGAAGUGUUAGUGACAACCUUCCGUGAUACCAUCUUGGCAGAGUGUUCGCAGAUGAUCAAAAACAACGAGACAGAUAAAUUGCAGCUUAUGUUCAAAUUGAUGGAUCGUGUGCCGGAUGGAAUUCAACCCAUGUUGGAUGCUCUAGAAGAACACAUUGCCUCCGCUGGUCUAGCGGACAUGGUGGCUGCUGCAGAUACCAUAACACAAGACUCGGAGCAGUAUGUAGAAAAGCUUCUAGAUCUAUUUCAAAGAUUUAGUAAAUUGGUGACUGAAGCAUUUAAUGAAGAUCCACGGUUCCUCACAGCGAGAGACAAGGCCUAUAAACAGGUUGUCAAUGAUACACAAGUCUUCAAAUUAGAAUUACCAAGUAAAACGAAAGGCAUUGGCAUCAAGACCCAGCCUGAAUCCAAAUGUCCAGAAUUACUUGCAAACUACUGUGAUAUGUUGCUUAGAAAGACGCCACUUAGCAAAAAGCUCACUGCAGAUGAGAUUGAAAGCAAAUUAAAAGAUGUGUUGCUGGUGCUAAAGUAUGUGAGCAACAAGGAUGUUUUUAUGCGGUACCACAAAGCACAUCUCACCCGCCGCCUCAUCCUUGACACUUCUGCAGACUCUGAGAAAGAAGAAAAUAUGGUAGAAUGGUUACGAGAGGUUGGCAUGCCUGCAGACUAUGUGAACAAGCUAGCAAGAAUGUUCCAAGAUAUUAAAGUAUCAGAAGAUCUCAAUCAACAGUUCAAGGAGACAAUCAGAACGACUACCAAGUCUAGUGUAGCAGAUAAUCUUAAUAUAAAAAUAUUAAAUGCUGGAGCCUGGGCUAGAGGAAGUGAUCGGGUGGCUGUUAGUUUACCAAUGGAGCUGGAGGACUUCAUCCCAGAGGUUGAAGACUUCUACCGUAAGAAGCACUCAGGACGCAAGCUUCAGUGGCAUCAUCAUAUGUCCAAUGGCACAAUAACCUUUUCCAAUAAUAUGGGAAGAUUUGACUUGGAUGUCACCACCUUCCAAAUGGCUGUCAUGUUUGCGUGGAAUCAGCGGACACACGACAAGAUAUCUUUUGACAACCUUCGACUUGCCACUGAGCUGCCAGAUCCUGAAUUGCGACGGACACUCUGGUCUUUGGUAGCAUUUCCCAAAAUGAAAAGGCAAGUUCUCAGUAUGUCUGGGGAGGUGACGUCUCCGAAGGAUUUCACAGAAAACACACUCUUCUGGGUUAACCAGGAGUUUGCUCCUAUUAAAAAUGGGAAGCCUCAGAAAAGGGGAAAAGUAAAUCUUAUUGGGCGACUACAGCUGAGCACUGAGAAGAGCAAAGAGGAGGACAAUGAGGGCAUUGUACAGCUGAGAAUACUGCGCACCCAGGAAGCAAUAGUGAAGAUAUUGAAGAUGAGGAAGAAGAUCUCUAAUGCACAGCUGCAGACAGAACUAGUGGAGAUGCUCAAAAACAUGUUCCUGCCUAGUAAGAAACUAAUUAAAGAGCAACUCGAGUGGCUCAUAGAACACAAGUACAUGAAACGCGAUGAUGAUAACAUCAACAUAUUCAUAUACAUGGCCUAACCGAAUCAUAAUGAACCACAUCAGAGGAAAACCGUCUACGAGUGCAACCUCCUGGCACAUCUUGCAGCUGUACAUAUAUCCGAGUCUCUUGUGGCCAAGUGGUUGUUGCAAUGACUGCUGCCUGCUUACUGUCUGGUGGCUGUUACUGUAUAAAUAAUAGUUUAUUAAGAUUCAUCACUCCUAUUGGCCAGAUAGUUAAAUAUUUGUUUCUUCUACCAAGCAAGCGGCCAGUGGUGGGUGUCGUGGGGCUUGUGCAGGCACGGGUCAACAGUCUAGAUAGUACUAUACUAGGAGCCAAAGUCAGGAGUGCUGCCAUUUGCUCUACUACCAGUUGAUCAGCAAUUAAUACUAGUGUCAUAAAUGAAUGCCAAAGUUUUAUUUAAUAUUUCAUUGACACCAAUAAUAUCACUUUCCAACCCUCAAAAGUGAAGCUAGUUAAAAAUUUUAAGAACAGAAUUAAAAAAAAAAUUAUUUCUAAUUUCCACGAAGAAAACCUGGACAUUAUAGGAUUUCCAAGCUACUGUCUAACAAACAUGUAUAAAUAAUUGGAUGCAGUAAUACUACUUCAUUAGUUUUUACAGUUGAAUUUAAGGGCUAAGAGCUGUUGUCUUACCUCGGCUCAUUUCAAAGGCCAGCCCUAUCUUAAGUGCACUACCAUCCCUCCUUCCAGGAUGUAAUCCACAACAGCUACCUUACACCUAGGUAUUUAUUUACUUUUAGGUAAACGGGUGGCAGGUGGAGAGACUUACCCAUGCCUCUUGCCAUACUUGGGAAUCAAGCCCAGGUUCCUUUGGUUGUGAGCUUAGCUCUCUACUAUUGAGCUACAAAUGAUUCUUUAAUCAGGGUGAGUUACUUAUAAUCCUGUCAGGUUAACUGGGUCUUGAAAUUGUUGGAUGCAUCCAGUAUUGUGGUAUAAAAGAAGUAACUGAGAUAGUUUCUAAUAUAAAGAGAUUCUCCUUUGGAGAUAAAGUUACAUCACUGUCAGUUGUAGUACUUACUUUCAUUAGUCAGCUGAAUUGAGUGUUAUAUUUAGUUAAGUAUUAAAAUUCCAUAACGUUUAAAGUCUCUCCAGCUGAGGCUCAUGAUGCAUGUGGAUAGAGCAGGGCAAGGUUAGGGAACAAAAGCUCAAUCAAAAUGGCAGCAGACUUCAUUGUGAUUCCCAGCUCUGCAUACACAUGACUAUUGUGCCCUCAUUUGUGCCUGCAGCAUUCUGUGGGACCUCAGGUAGCUCAGAGAUUAAUAAAUUGUGUGGCUAACUUGUGAUACAAAUACAUAUAUAUUCUGUAAAUAAAGUAAAUAUUAUAGUAAUAUUAAAGGUAGUAUUUCUGAGCUGGGUUGUAUUGAUUUUUCUGGAAAUCCUAGUUGUCACCUUUUCAUAAUUUGCAAUAAUAGUACUUUUUAUAGCAUCCUUAUCUAUUUUUUGUUUUAUAGUUACAUCAGAAGACCACUGUAAUAAAUUUAUGAAAAGGUAUAGUGAAAGUAAAAAUGCAUGCCAAAUAUAUAACCUGAAAUAGUCUCGCAUAAAAAAAUUAUACACAAGAGUUGGGCUGGCUAUUCCCUGCCACUAUGCCCAAAAACCCAUAUGCCAUGAAUCUUAUUUCAUUCUUUCUCGUGGAUAUACUAGAUAACGAUUGUUCUAUGAGGUUUAUAGUAAGUGAAAAAUGUCUGCUGCUGGUGGCACAGUAUUGUAGCAGUGGCAAGAUGGUAAUUAAUGACUAAUGUGGAUACUAGCUUGGAUUCUGAACUAUCAUGAUGUGUGAUGUUUACAUUGGUGCCUCAAUCAUGUUUGAAAAUUUCUUGUUCAAUAUGAAUAUAGAGCAUUCUGCUCUAGCUGUAGUUUUAAUACCAAAAGUUUUUACCUAUAGGAAAUUUUUCUUUACCAGUUUUGCAAAGCUUUGAAAUAUAUUAGCUGUAUGGUAGCUAGUAGAAAAAGCUAAAUCUUUUCUAAGAAGUUACUUCUGGCAAGUGAUUUACACAAAAUUUCCCAAUAAGAAUUACCAUUAUGUUUUGGUUACUACAGUACUAUAAAUCACAGUUGCAUAUGUUAUCUGUAUGUUGUCCAGAACAGGGUGAUAUAACACUGAUCAGAUUUUUUUUAAAGUAUUUAAACCCAGUUUUAAAUUAUUCUUAUACAGUAUGUAUUUAAAAAAUUUUGCAAUAAGCAAAAUCUCUGCAAAGGUGUAUUUAUUUCAUGAGCAUACUGUCGAGACAUGCAAUCUGGCCAAGUAGUACCACUGUCGUAUCACCAUGAAAAAUUGCCUUACCUGUGCCCUUGGCACUCAUAAUGUAAAUAUUAUUGUAAUUACUACUGUAUUACCUAUAAAAAUGUCAACUGUCCAGAAUGGCAAAAUAUGGAAAUCAAGUGAUUUUUUUUAUUGGUAUGUUAUGUGACUAGAACAAUUAGGAUGAUGCAGCAUCAUGUGUCCCUGUGUGAUCUCAAUAAACAUCCUUUUUUUUUUUUCCCUCAUACUCCUUACGAGUUAUCUUGGACCAUCAGUUAUAAUAGUUUGAGGUCAUGAUAUAACUUGACUUUGUAUGGUAUGUGCAGAAGGAAAGUAAUUUUCUUUUGAGGUGUAAUUAAAUGUUUGUGGAAUUUUCACAGGUCUUGAUCUGCUAGUCUUUUGAUAAAAAUGAAUUUUAUUUAUACUUCAAAAUAUCUUACAUAAAACAAUGCCUGCUAUUUUGAAAGCUGAAUGCCAUUUUCCCUGAUACACAUUUAUGACUGCUGCAACACUUUUCUCUCCCUUUGAGAUGCACAAUAGCCAGUGCAGUACAUCAUUUGAGAUAUAUUUUGGUUCAUGAUGCUUCUGGGACAAGUCUUAAGAAGAUUAAAUCUCACCUAUUACAUAAAGUAAGUCAAACUUGAGGUUUUUGUAAAUUGUGUUGGCUUAUUAACAGAAUCUUAGGUGUGGAAUAAUUAAUUAUGUAUUCCUUCCGUGUGACUGGUUACCCAUGAAGUACGGUACUUCUAUGAGGAAAGUAAAUGCAAGGCCCUAUUUUCAAAUGACGCUUCCUUAGUUAUUCUUAAAUUUUAGUAAAUGAUUUCCCAUGGGUUUCUUCUUAUCUAUAAUAUUCUUACAGUGACCCAUGGUUUAUCUAUUUCUUGUCUAAUCUUUCUGUGUUUACAGUAUUUGUUCCUAGAUAAAAGAAGACAUGAAAAAAAUUUUUUUUAGUAUUUUUAGCAAUUUAUGUUUUCUAAGCCUUUCAUUCAUUGUUUCAAGAAUAAUAAACUUGGUAAACAUUGUAUAAAAGUAAACAAUUAAACCAUUAAUAUAUUCUUGAUGACCUUUAUCAACUGGAAUAUUAAUGUUAGUGCCUUGGACUUCUUGAUAUCCCACACUAAACAAGUCUUAUGACAGUUGAAUAUCAAAAACACUCAAGUACCAAAAGGGAGUUGACAGGAAAAAAUAUGUAGACUCCAUGCUUUCUUAAUUGGCACCAAUUUUCUACACCAUCUGUGACUUUCCUCCUUUUUUUUGAACUAUCCUCUCCUUGACACUUCCACCUCUAUCCUUAUACCAUCGCUCUCCAUGAAUAUAAUAAUGUAGUACAUUAUACAGUAUAAUGUGAUUUCUCAAGGUAAAGGGUGCCUGUAUCUGUUGCCAGUAACACCGCAAGUGUACAAUUUUUAAAUGUUUAAUGUAAUCAAUUUAGUUCUCUUUAACCCUUUCACUAUUGUUCAUACAGAUCUACGUCAGUGGGAUCAGUGUUGCAGACAUAGAUUUACAUCUUAACCAUGGUGCCCUCAAAUAUGCUGAGCUGAAAAUUUUCGCCUAGACAUGAGAGAAUGAGCCUGUAUGGUGGGUGUGCACAGUAUAAAAAAAAAUCCUGGCCCAUGCAGUGUGUGAUGAGAACAGUUAACCUCUGACUUUGGGUUAAAACAACAACUUUGAGGCAUUUUCUAGGGUGGUUUUCAUGGUUUUAUUAACUUUCUUGGUGCCAAUGGAUAGACCAGAAGAUAGUGAAAUGGAGAUGAUUUUGGUUGGUUUCAGACCAGAAGUACCUGAAAUAAUGGUGGAAAUAUUCAAUUUUUGGGUGAUAAGGACCCCCUUCCCUGGUCUGUUUUAUGGGUUUUUACCACGUCUGCUGUAACUACUAGGAUGGCUUAAACCAUUACCAAGCAAUCUUGGUCAUAUUUUAUUAGCCAAAAAAUGAAGAAAACUUGACUUUUUUGUGAAAUGGAGUUAAAAUGGAGGGCAAUGAUUAAUGAACAGGGGAAAGGUUGCUUUAGUGUUUGUUUUGGAAUUUGUUGAACUUUGAGCAAAAUUAGCUAUAUUAUAAAAUUUUUGGCACUUUAUAGUGGAAUGGGCGAGUCUUGGGCUUAAUGGUGAGGAAGGCAUACUAGUAAAAUAGCCAGGAAUUUUCGAUUUGAGUACUAGAAUUGCCUAAAGUGAGCCUCAAAGUGGGUGAAAUCACAGGUGAGUAAAGUGCUUCUAACUUCAAAAUUUGCACCUGCAUAAUUCUGUAAAUUUUACAUCAAUUUUUUAUGUCAUUAUCUUCAGAAAAAGAUUCUCUACCAUUUUAGAAGAUAAUUUUUUUUUGUGACACUGACAGGAUUUUUAAUUUUAGAGGUAGCAACAGUGAAAGGGUUAACUAGCCUCUAAUAUUUACAUUAUAGAUAUUUGAAAAUUAUAGCUGAAUGAAUGAAUUAGUAACACUAUUAUAGUCUUCCAAUAUUGGUUCAUAUUCUUAUCAUUCAGUAGUCUACCAUUAAUGGUUCAUAUUGCUACAGGAAAAACACUGCAGGAAUGGUGGGGAUAUUGCAGUUUGGAGAGGCACCUGAGCUGUAGUGUCAGUACACCUCUGGCAAGACAUUGAUGGAGUGAGUGAUGGUGAGUGUGUUUCUUCUUUUUUGGGUCACUCUACCGUGGUGGGAGACAGUCAGUGUAUUAAAAAAAUGAUACAGGUUUCAUUUGGUAAAAUGAAAUUAGUUUCUUAUUGUAUCCCUUAGUGCAAAUAACUGCUUAAUGUUUCAGAACAUAUGGGUGGCAUACUGAUCUUUCCUUAUCAAGAGUCCCUCAGUGGCAUAAAGGAACCUUUCUUGAGGAGUCCAUGUUUAUAAACCUGAAUGAGCAUUUGUGAGCACAAUAAUAAUUCAUGUUUAAAUAGCAGUGUUGCAGAAUAUAUGUAACUACCCUGUAAACUGUCAAAGUGAUUGGAAAAAACAUUUUCUAUUAAAAUAAGUUUUGAUUUCCUCUGCUACAGGUACCUGUAACAUCUUGCUGGCCUACCUGCUACAGCAUCCUCAGUUUUAUUUUUGCAUGAAUGUACAGGGGAAUCAAAUAAUUACACCAUAGGUUUAUUGAUGCAAUAUGUUUCAUAACAGGUUUAUAAUUAACUUUCAACACUUGGAUGGCUUGCUUAGCCUAAUCUGUAGCCUUUAAUGGAGAUAGUGACCAGCAUACUCCUCUUACAAUUCUCCAUCUAUGCCUGGUUGUGGGCUAAAAUUUAUUUAUUAGCAGAUUGGGAGUCUCGAGUUUUGCACACCAUGUUAUAGUACUUGUACAUAUCAGUUUUAACAAAUUUUAAAAUAUGACUGACUGGCUACAGAUUUCUAGUCACUCUUCUCAUUUAAAUGGCAGACUUGCAUAAUAUCAUACUGAAAUUUGAAGAAGUGACACAUUAUGCAGACCAAGUUUUUAAUGGGACAACAUUUUGAUCUGUUAUCUAAUCACAGAUUUUUAAUUCUCAAAUUAAUUUUAUACAAAUGUAUAUUUAUGGGGAAGUGCUAAAAAACCCCUCCAGGGUCAUGCAGCACCUGGGGAAUGGGAUUAUUAGUACAUACAGGAGGGCCUUGCUUAUAUAGCAGGUUAGGUUCUGGGCUACUGUUGUAAAGUAAAAAUUGCUGUAAAGUGAAUCAUAGCCUUUUUUUCACUUUCAAAUGCAUGUAAAAGCCUGAUAAAAUGUUUACACUAUCAUAUAUUAAGUGAGCAAUAGAGCUAGGCCUAAAAAAAUGCAUAUAUGGUACACACAUUACUUAACUUAAAAUAUUUUCAUCCUUAGCUUAUAGUGAGUGGUGAAUAUAUUUAUUGUAGGAAGUCUGAAUAAAUGAAGAAUGGGUGUAAUUGAAAACCACUGCAUUAGCGAAACACUGUAAAGUGAAGUGCUAUACUAUAUAUUUAUAUGAAGCGCUAAUCCCACAUAGGUCAUUCAGUGCAUGGAAGGCAGUGGCGGAGGCUCAAUCCUCCACCUACUAAUCAUGCAAUAGAUGCAUUACUCUUGCAGUCAGCCAAGCUGUAACAUACAGUCAUAUAGAUACAAAAAUUAUAUACACACUAAGUGACCACUUUAUUAGGUACACCUGUAUAUUUGCUUGUUAAUGCAAAUAUCUAAUCAGUGAAUCACAUGGCAGCACCUCAGUGCCUAAAAGCAUACAUACAUGAUCAAGAGGUUCAGUUAUUCAUGCCAAACAUCAGAAUGGGAAACAAAUGUGAUCUAAAUAACUCUGACCAUGGAAUGAUUGUUGGUGCCAGAUGGGGUGGUUUUAGCACCUUUGGGAUGUGGUGGAAGGGGAGAUUCGCAGCAUGAAUGUGCAGCCAACAAAUCUGUAGCAACGGUGUGGUGCUAUCAUGUCAAUAUGGACCAAAAUCUCUUAAGGAAUGUUUCCAGCACCUUGUUGAAUCCAUGCCAAGAAGUAUUAAGACUGUUCAUGGGGCAUAGCAUGGGGGUGGGGGAUAUGGCAUACCAACAAAGAGGGUGUGCAUAAUUAAAUAGCUACUGAGUGUAUAUACAGUUGUCCCUUGAGUUACAAUAAUUUUAAGUUCUGAUUUACCUUCAUAAAGGAAUUUAGUUUUGAGUUCCAGUGAAAAAUUUGAGAUACAAUAUGUAUAUAACAGUCAACAUGCAUGGGUGGGCCUCUGGUCAGAGACAACAUAGGGUGAAAGUCUUAAAUGUAGUGAUGGUGGAGGGUUUGUUGGAGGUGAGUGGGUGGGAGUAAGGGAAGAUGGUAGAGAGGAAGGCAGGCAGACAUGUGAGGGAGACUGUAUGUGUACCAAGACAUGGGCAGUGGGAGGCUGUGAUAACAGGAAUAUAAGUUUUAAGUCUACAAUUCUUUACCAGUCUCUGCCUGCCUACCUGCCUGCCCAAAUCUGUUCUGCCCUUCCAGCUUUACUUUGCUCUAUAUGCCCCAGCCUGCCCUGCCUGCUCUGUCUUGCUCUAUAUGCCUCAGUUUGCCCUGCCUGCUAUAUCUUGCUCUAGAUACCCCAGCCUGCUCUACAAUGCUCUACAUUUCCCAGCCCUUCCUGCCUGUUUUUCCUUGCUCAAACUACCCUGUCUCCUGUGGUCUGCCUGCCUACCUAUCUAAAAUGGAGUGAUGGUGGAGGGUGUGUUGGAGGUGAGCAGGAGGGAAAGGGGUAGUGGGAGACUAUGCACACCAAAUAAGGGCAUUAGAAGACUGCGACAACAAAAAUGUAAAUAUUAAGUCUGUCCUGCUUCUGCCUUCUCCUGCCUGCUUUGUCUAUAUAUACAUGUCAAUAACAACACUGUGACUAGCCAAGGAUUCGAACCCAUGUCGUUUUGGCCCGCCUCAUGGUGAGCGAAAAUCACACGAUGCUCUAACCCACAGGACCAUGCAGUCCUACCAGAAUCAAGCACCCAACAGAGCUAGGUGUUUUACCUUGAUCCGAGGACACAUGUGGCACCCACACCACCAUAUGUCCUCAGAUCAAGUAAAACACCUAGAUCUGCUGGGUGCUUGAUUCUUGUAGGACUGCAUGGUCCUGUGGGUUUGAGCAUAUAGAGUAUGAGAGUAUAGUUAUACCAACAUUCUUAUAUGGGUGUGAAGCAUGGAUGGUGAAUGUUGAAACAAGGAGAAGACUGGAGGCAGUGGAGAUGUCAUGUCUGAGGGCAAUGUGUGGUGUGAAUAUAAUGCAGAGAAUUCUUAGUCUGGAAAUUAGGAGGAGGUGUGGAAUUACUAAAACUAUUAUCCAGAGGGCUGAGGAGGGGUUGUUGAGGUGAUUAGGACAUGUAGACUGGAUGAAACAAAAUAGAAUGACUUCGAGAAUGUAUAAAUCUGUAGUGGAGGGAAGGCGGGGUAGGGGUCGGCCUAGGAAAGGUUGGAAGGAGGGGGUAAAGGAGGUUUUGUGUGCGAGGGGCUUGGACUUCCAGCAAGCAUGCAUAAGCGUAUUUGAUAGGAGUGAAUGGGGACAAAGGGUUUUUAAUACUUGAUGUGCUGUUGGAGUGUGAGCAAAGUAACAUUUAUGAAGGGAUUAGGGAAACCAGCAUGUCGGACUUGAGUCCUGAAGUUGGGAAGUACAGUGUCUGCAAUCUGAAGGAGGGGUGUUAAUGUUGCAGUUUUAUAACUAGUGUAAGCACGCUUCUGGCAAGACAGUGGAGUGAAUGAUGAAGAAAAUUUUUCUUUUUCGGGCCACCCCGCCUUGGUGGGAAUCAACCGAUGUGUUAAUAUAAUAUCAAAAUAUAAUAAUAUAUGUAAUAUAUGCCUUUUCAUCCACUUCUUCGAGGCUAUGGGUUCUGCAAUUUACACCAGAGAUGGACCCCUCUUAUGUAUGUAUACAGAGGUCCCUCGUUGUUCGUAAUUAAUCCGUUCCUGGAGCCGUUACUAUAAACGAAAUUUACAAUUUACGAAUCAAUUUUCCCCAUAAGAAAUAAUGUAAAUACAAUUAAUCCGUUCCUGACACCCAGAAGUAUUAAAACAAAAAAUUUUUAACAUGAAAUAUACAUGUAGUACAUAAACAAUACAAUGGGAAAUGAUGAAUGAAACAUUAACAGCAUAACACUUACCUUUAUUGGAGAUUCUUCUUAGUGUAUGGGAGACUGGAGGAGGAGAGAGAGUGGAUUGUUUAUAGUCUGGAAGGGGAAUCCCCUUCCAUCAACACCUCGGGUACCAUUUGCUUUUCUGGGGUUGCUUCUCUUCUGUUUCUUAAUGCCACAAGGACCACCUUGAGAGUCACUGGAGUCCUGUCUCACAAAAUAACUGUGGAGAGAGCUCAGUUUCUGGCGUCUCUUUAACACUUCCCUAAAAUGGCCUAAGACUUUGUCACUGUACAUGUUGCCAACCUGGCUUGCAACAACCUUGUUAGGGUGAUGUUUCUCCAUAAAGCUUUCCAUCUUACCCCACAUAAUAAAAAUCUCUUUAAUUUCUGAAGAAGGCACCUUCUUCCAUCUCUCUUCCUCCUCCUCUGCAGCAAGAUUCUGAGCUGCGAUGUGUUGCUCUUCCUGCUGAAGCUCUUGCAGCUCCUCAGUGGUGAGCUCUUCAUUGUGGUCUUCCACCAAUUCUUCCACAUCCUCCAAACUCACAUCCAACCCCAUGGAACUCCCAGUGCCACAAUUGAUUUUACAACAGACAUAGGCUCAUUAGGGUCAGUCCCAAAUCCUUCAAAAUCCCUCUUGUCGACACAAUCUGGCCACAAUUUUCUCCAGACAGAGUUCAAAGUCCUGGUAGUCACUCCCUCCCAAGCCAUACCUAUAAGGGUUAUGCAGUGGAGGAUGCUGAAGUGUUCUCUCCAAAAUUACCUUAGGGUCAAGUGAGUGUCUGUGGUCACAGUCAAGCACCUGUGAAACAUUGCUUUUGUGUAGAGUUUUUUAAAGUUUGCAAUAACCUGCUGGUCCAUGGGUUGGAGGAGAGGAGUGGUAUUCGGGGGCAAGAACUUUACUGUGAUAACCCAAACUCCUCGAAAAUUAAGUCAUCCAAGUUUGGAGGAUGAGCAGGCGCAUUGUCCAUUACUAGCACGCACUUGAGAUCCAAUUUCUUUUCCAGGAGAUACUCCUUCACACUAGGGCCAAACACUUCAUUGAACCACUCUACGAAAAUUUCCCUCGUGACCCAUGCCUUACUAUUAGAUUUCCAAAACACACACAAUUUACUCUUCAUAACAUUGUUUUUCCUGAACACACUGGGAUUUUCAGAAUGGUACACUAAUAAUGGCUUCACUUUGAAAUCCCCACUAGCAUUAGCGCAGAACAUUAGCGUCAGCCUGUCUUUCAUAGGCUUAUGUCCUGGCAUUGCCUUUUCCUCUUGUGUAAUGAAGGUCCUCUUUGGCAUUUUCUUCCAAAAGAGGCCUGUUUCGUCACAAUUGAACACUUGUUCAGGUUUCAGUCCUUCAGCCUCUAUGUACUCCUGGAAUUCAUGCACAUAUUUUUCAGCCGCCUUGUGGUCCGAACUGGCAGCUUCACCAUGCCUUACCACACUGUGUAUGCCAGUAUGGUUCUUAAAUCUCUCAAACCAGCCUUUGCUGGCCUUAAAUCCACUCACUUCACCACUAUUUGCAGGCAAUUUCUUUACCAAAUCUUCAUGCAACUGCCUAGCCUUUUCACAAAUAAACGAAGUCAUAAGAGUAUCUCCUGCUAAUUGUUUUUCAUUUAUCCACACCAAUAAUAACUUCUCAACCUCUUCCAGUACUGGUGAUCUCAUUUUUGUCAGCAUAGUUACUCCCUUUGCAACAACAGCAUCCUUUAUUUCAUUUUUCUUGGCCACUAUGGAACAUAAGGUUGUGUAGGGUUUCUUAUACAUUCUGGACAGUUCUGCCACACUUGUACCACUUUCAUAUUGUUCAAUGAUGGUUUUCUUAAGUUCAAUCGUAUUUCUCACCUUCUUUACCACAGGCUUGGCACUAGGAGCUUUCUUUGGAGCCAUGGUAGCUUAUUUAGUACUUGCAAGCACUAAAAUAAAUGGAAUAUUAUGAAAUAUUUCGCUGGAGCACGCGAGGGGACCUUCGCUCACUGGUAAACAAUGGCAGACUGGCUGCCGCCCUGGCCCAAGCCGUGCGUACGUGUCCCGGACGAACUACGACUCGCGAGUCAACCUAUGAAAAGCGAGUCCAUGUUUAUACAAAAAUACCCCUAUGUGUAUACCCCUAUGACUGGCGAAUUUUACGAUUGCCGGGAACUACGAAAAGCGGGGGACCACUGUAUAUGUAUGUAUGUAUGUAUGUAUGUAUGUAUAUGUACAGUAUAUAUGUAUGUAUUUUUUUUAACACUAGCCAUCUCUCACCGAGGCAGGGUGACCCCCCCCCCCCCAAAAAAAAAAGAAA